CUGUAUAGAAGAAAAUCUCAGCACGGGCUGGGGCGUAUUGAAGUUAAAGGCAAUAUCCUUUUGAAUAAUAGACUAUGCAGUGUAGACAAUAGGAGUUCUACGCAGCUGAUAUGCAAAUCUGAACCCUGCCUGUGCCCAAGCAGCUCAAUUCAUAUGCCACAGCACAAAGACAUUGAUCAUUUUGGCAAAAGCAAAGUGUAUCUAGGAUUCAUUUUGAAGGGCUAUCCAAGAGAACUACUGUGACCCCCCAUCCCCUACCCAUGCUCAAGCUACGCCCCUGUGCGGUACAGGAUAAAAUAGCAACAAGGGGCAAAUUCAACAAAUCAUUUCAACCCUUUUUGAAACUUCAACACGGGUGGUCUCUCUCAUGUACACGGCAGAAAAUUUCAGUGUGACCUUGUCACAAAAUUUCAGCUCGAGCUGUGUUGAAGUAAAUGCGGUGAAUUGUGGGACGUCCUUUAUUGUGUUUUCGAUAAUCAUGAUCAUAAAGCGUAACCUGAUAUCCGCCAGUGUCGAAAACACAUUGAAUCGCUUCUCAGGUCAGCCCGUGUUGAACGGCCACGGGAUAGCUCGUUCUCGUCGUUUUGAUUUGGCACUACUUCGAAUGAAACAAUAUGGAAGGUCAGAUAUUGCUUGGCAAACGAAAAAAGAUGAUGCUAGAAAGUGAAGAUAGCCAGUCAGGUGACUCUAAGGAAAAAGUAUCCUUAAGCUCUGCUGGCAACUUUCAAAGUACACCACCCAUUCCUUUGAAAGCUGAAAAGACAGAGGCAAAAAUAAAAGCAACCAGGUGGCUAUGGAAUGAUGAGAUGACCAAAUUUCUAAUCGUUUGCCUUCAUGACUAUAAAAAGAGAAAGGAACUUGAGGGUAUAGACAUUCAAUCAGAUUUGGUAAAAAUGUAUGAAGAUGUCAGACAAAUGAUGGCUGCAUUGUACCCCCCUGAAAACUUUGGUCCAGUCAAAGUAUCCAGCAUAACUCAAGGAUUAAAUAGUGAAGAACAUCACAAACAAUUCAAUAUCAUACAAGAAGAAAGGAAAAGUAUCAAACUUGGUUAUGGACGAAUCAGGGAAAAAGUAAAAAAGAUCAGGCGCAAUUUUAGAACGGCAAUUAGGGAAGGUACCCGAUCUGAAAGUGGAAGGGUCAUUCUCCAAAACUGGGAGUACCUGAUGAAGAUUUGGGGUGAGUGCCCUUCUGAGAUCAAAAUAGAAGAAGCAAUCACCCCACAAGUAUUUAUCUUGAAUGAUAAUAACGAUGUUGAUGAACAACAAAAUCAUAUUCUACUUAAUGAGACUGAGGCACAAGGAAGGGAAGUACUAGAGGAUCAAAUCUUUAAUUCAAAAAAAUCUCAACCAUCAGAACAAUCAAAGGGUGGGUAUCUUAGCAACAAAAAACGUGCCAAGAUGGACCAAAAACUUUCAGCUCAGCAACAAGAUAUGAUUUUGAUAAAAAUAGCUAAGGAAGAAUUAGAAGUGAAGAAAAAUAUUGCAGAAAAACUAGAACAAUCUGCCAAAAGGUUGGAAAAUGUUGUUGAGACAAUGGCAAAAUCCUUAACAUCCUUUGGAGAGCAGCUAAAUUACAGUCUGAUGUUGCUGUCUCAAUCAAUAGCUUCAGGACAGAAUGCCAAAUAGCUUACCAAGGUCCAAUGCCACUUCAACACUAAAAUCUCAUCUAUUUACACUGUAUACCAAACAAACUCUUAUUUUAAGGACAAUACAUACAACCCUUAAAGUUAACCAACUGGAAAUAUAAUAAUGCGAUUUAGAUUUUUCCUCUCAAAAAGUUUUAAAAAUUUCAAUAUUUAAUAUAUUUUUUAAAUUUUUUGAAAAAAGGAAAACUUUUCCUUAUACCAAUUUAGGUUAUAUUAUACAUAUUAUACAUUCAAGGAUAGAUACAUAAAUAUAUAAAGUAUAUAUGAUGUAUAUAUAUAUUUAAUGUAUUAAGAGAAGAAGUUUGUUUUUCAAAGAAUUUGUUGUACCAAAAAAGACCUACUCUAGGGUCUCUAAUAGAAGGGGGGACGUUUAUUAAUUUUUUCAAUUUUUUUCUGACCCCCAGAGCUUAUUUAGACCCCCCGUUUAUUAAUUUAUAUAUGAGCUUUGAAAAGUUUGUUUUGUUCUCAUUUUGUUCUGAUAUUUUGAAGAAGUGUCGAUAUUUGUUGGAAUUGUCCUCUUUCCUUUACAUGCAGGGUUACCAAGGAAAAAUUACCACAGGUGAUUGAAAAUUGCACUUUGACAUCACACAAUUUCCAAUUACUCAGGGUAGUUUUUUUUAUAUUUGUAGUCGUAAUCACGUUGUUUUUUUAAUGAACGCCAGUAUACAUAGAAAUUUAGUUGGAACCUUACUUUGACCCCAAAAAAUAAUCAUCGUGCGAUUUUUCAGAUUUUUCACAUUUCCGACCCCCACUUACUAGGACUCCUCCCCCCGGUUAUUUAUUUUUUGAAAAAUUUCUGAUCCCCCCCCUUCUACUAAGAACCUUAGAGUAUGAACAAAUUUGGAUUUUGAAGGGGAUGAUUGGGGAAGACUUUGCAAACCAAUUAAAAUUACUGGUGGAAAAUGACAGCAGAAUAUGAAACACCAGUUUUUUAUGCUGGGUUGCAAAAUAUUUAUUAUUGUCACAACAGAAAUCACUUGGAGAUCUCCACUUUUCAGGUCAUUCACUUUGAUGCCAUUCCUUACCAGUACACCCCUAACUUAAAUGUAUUAUUUUGUGUUUGCCCUUGUUGCAAUUUUUGUUAUCGAUUACAUAUCUGGUUAAUGCUUCUUGGUUGAUGCAGUCUUCACAUUUUUUGCAUUGAAACACUGCCAAGCAAAAAUGCUACAAAUGGCCCUCUGUAGCCAAAUAAUGACAGUCCUUCAAUUUAUCUAUACUCAUUAACAGGCGCAGCCAUUUGAGGAGGGCCAUAGCUCUUGCUCCCCUCCAGGCUCUCCUCAAAUGCUAGAGGGGAGCUACAGAUUGCUCUCCUGAAUUGCUUUGAAAAUAAAAUUGCUCUCCUUGAAAUCAAUUUUCCUUUGCUUCUUUUAUUAUUAACCUUCAAAUAGUUUACCUGGAAAUUGCUUGGAGAGCUUUUUACUGCUCCCUUGUUGAAAGUCUUAUGGCCAGGCCUGCUCAUUAAAUGUAACUAAAAUAGUUUAAACAUUCGAUUCGAAAGUGGCAAAACAUUUGUAAAAAAUAAAAAAUUGAUUUUAACAAAAAAUUUUUGGAUCAAUUAAGAGGACAGUUGUCCAAAGGUUUUCUUGAAAUCAUAAGUUCAAUAUUCAUUCCACUUUCAUUCAAUUUCAUUCUAUAUUGCCAGUCAGUUUCAUCUGUUCCAGAUUUCUUCUUUUGCCAUCACUUUCUUCUCAACACAAAUCUUCUCUGGAAUCCGUCAAGAAUCAAUUCUUCUCCUCAAAUAGUUGAUUUGUGAGGAUUUGCAGUUAAAAGUAUAGGACAAGAGCUUGGAACAUCAACCAAAGAAUAUAUCCACAGAAAGACUUGAAAUUAUUCAAUUCAGGGCAAGGACAAGAACAGUUUUUCUCUGAUUCUGAUUCAGCUCCAUUAUAAAAAUUUAUUCAAAGUAGCCAUGAUCAUAAAGCUUUGCAAAAAAUGCCCCUGAAUUGUGGGAUAUUUUUAUUGUUUCUUGGAUAAUCAAUUGUAAUUAUAAAUCGCAACCUGAUCAUGAAGAAACCGAUACAAUUUUUGCCAUACCCAAAUCAACAUUAAAAUCUCAGCCUAUGUUGAACUUAUUUUAUAACCCAAUUUGAAUGUUUCCAGAAUAAUGCCAAUACAGUCUUAAACUUUUAAAAUCAUCACUUGCAAUUUCGAGUAAUCACUUGAAAUAUUAUGUUUUCGGUCACUGGCUUUUUGGGCCAAGGAUUUUAAAAAUAUUAUUUAGAGAAAAUAGAAGCUGCAGGCCUGGCCAUUUGAGGAGAGCCAUAGCUCUUGCUCCCCUCCAGGCUCUCUUCAAACGCUGGAGGGGAGCUAGAGAUUGCUCUCCUAAAUUGUUCUAAAAAGCAAAUUUGCUCUCCUUGAAAUCAA